GGGCGGAGCUUCUCACAGGCUCCUCCCCCUAUUGGACUGAGUCUCCCCCGGCGCUGAUGAUGAUAGAGGCUUUGCGUCACUGUGCGCACUCAACUGUCACCUGGAUCCGCCUCCAUUGCCUUUAGUAGAGAUCUGCCUCCCCGGCUUGUGUCUUCCCUUCCCGAGCGCUUAUAAGUGUCACUGCUGAGCCGGCAGCGCUCAGUGCAACAUCUGCUCCUGCAACUACAGCACUGGCGUGUGGACUUGCUGCAGCCAGGAAGUCGCAAAGUCGCUUACAGUGUAUGUCCACAGGCAGCGCUAUUUAAGCGCACAUCACCCGCUAUCGGGAGCGCGUUCCUUUGCGCACUAGAGAUUCCCCUAUCCGGUUCCAUGCGGCUGCCCAACAUGUCCAGUAACUUUCUGUUAGCGCCCAUCCCAGAGUGCGCCGAUUACUUUACCGCCAGGGAGAUGAAAGUGUCAGUGAUGGGAACCGGCAGCGUUGGGAAAACAGCAAUGAUUGUGCGCUUCCUGACCAAGAGGUUCAUUGGGGAUUAUGAAGCCAAUACAGGCAAUCUAUACUCCAGGCUUGUGGUUAUGGAUGGGGAACAGACUUCUCUGCAAAUCCAAGAUACCCCUGGAUGUAUUACGGAGGAGGAUGACGUGUCCCCAGAUGUUCUGAGAUACAUCCAGUGGGCUGAAGGUUUCCUUCUUGUCUACUCAGUGACGGACUGCAGGAGUUAUCAGUGCAUCCGGCCCCUCUACCAGCACAUCCGCAAGGUUCAUUCAGACUCUAAGGUGCCCGUGAUUAUAGUGGCCAACAAAGGGGACCUCCUGCACGUACGGAAGGUGUCACAUGACACGGGCAUCCAGCUCGCCAAUGAACUCGGCUGCACCUUUGUGGAAAUCUCCACCAGCGAAAGCUGCCAGGACGUGUGCGACGUGUUCCAGCACCUGUGCAAGGAGAUCACCAAGCUACAGAUCACCAAUCCUGCUGAGAAAAGGAGGGGCACCAUCAUUCCCCACCCAAAGUCCCCCAACAUGCAAGAUCUAAAGAGACGCUUCAAGCAGGCAUUGUCUCCCAAAGUGAAAGCCUCCUCGACAGUGGCGUAGGGACAUUUACCCAACAGGACUUUUUUUUUUUUUUUUAUGAAGAUUUUCUUUAUUUUUCUACUGAAAUUACCAACCAAUUUUGUUUAGUUAUGAGAUAUGAUGCAGGCCAUCAGGACUUUCACACCAAUGUGUAAAUAAUACUGUACUAUUUAUCUUUAUAUUGUCUGCUUUUCCACAACAAUGCACUUGUGUAGCGGAGUUAAAGGAAAAGGAAAGUAAAAACCAUUGGAGAGACA